GCUACAUAGUACCCAGGAGCAUCCGUGAGUGAGUUCUGAGCAGUGUUAGCUCACUGCACUGCACAUAGGUUAAUCCCCUGACUUGUUAUUAGACCCUUCAGAAUACAACGUUACGUGUGGCUCCUCAGCUGUCAGUAAAAUUGAUAACACAUCGUUUUUUGAUUGUGUCGUUGACGUUUGCAUGUCACCCAACUGACUGAUCUGUAAUUCAGAGAGGUAACGUAAUUAGUUCACUAGCUGAGCAUAUCAUGGAGACGGAAAUACACGUGCCUGUUGGUUCACCGGCAAUAAGAAAAUUUCCAAUAUUUGUCGACGAACAUAAUGUUGUCGGUGGAGCCAUGAAGUUAAUAAAAGAGCUGCGACCAGCAUGGGACAUAAAGCUCGUAAAGACCAAGCUCUUCACCGACGGCACGACCAACAAGCUCGUGGGCUGCUACACCGAGGCGGACCCGGAGGACGUGGUGCUGGUGCGCGUCUACGGCAACCGCACGGAGCUGAUCGUGGACCGGGACAACGAGCUGCGCAGCUUCCAGGUCCUCCACGCCAACGGCUGCGCCCCGCGCCUCUACUGCUCCUUCCAGAACGGCAUCUGCUACGAGUUCAUGCAGGGCGACGCGCUGGGCACGCAGGACGUCCGGGACCCCGUGCUGCGGAGACUCAUAGCCAGAGAGAUGGCACGCAUCCACGCUAUCCAUGCCCACAACGGCUGCAUCCCCAAACCCAACCUGUGGAUCAAGAUGCGCAAGUACUUCUCCCUAGUGGCCACAGAAUUCACCGCAGAGGCUUCCAACAGCAGAAUCCAACAGGAAGUUCCCAGCCAGGAAAUACUGGAACAGGAAAUGGCCUGGAUGAAGGAGCACCUCUCUCAGCUGGGUUCUCCUGUUGUGCUGUGCCACAAUGACCUGCUCUGUAAAAACAUCAUCCACAACGACAAAGAAGGCCAUGUCCGGUUCAUAGAUUAUGAAUAUUCUAGUUAUAAUUACCAGGCCUUUGACAUUGGAAACCACUUCAAUGAAUUCGCUGGCAUGAGUGAGCCAGAUUUCGGCCUGUACCCCAGCCGGGACAUGCAGUUGGAAUGGCUCCACACGUACUUGCAGAACUACAAACUGUACACCAAGAAAGGAGAGGAAGUCAGUCAGCAGGAGCUGGAGACUCUCUACGUGCAAGUCAACAAGUUCGCCCUGGCCUCGCAUUUCUUCUGGGGUUUCUGGGCACUAAUCCAGGCCAAAUACUCCUCCAUCGACUUCGACUUCCUCGGGUACGCUGUGCUCCGCUUCAAUCAGUACUUCAAGACCAAGCCUGCCCUCAUGGCCCUGACCGUCCCCGAGUGAGCGCCUGGCCAGGGCCACAGGAGGAUGAGGAGGAGGAGGAGGAGGAGGGUCUGGUUCCAGAGCAGACACCAAGUAGCCAGGCCAUAGGAUGCUC